CUCUGCCGAUUAUGUGUGUGUCUUUGCAUGCUUAUCAUGAGCCCAUUCAUUCAUCCAUGGCAUAGAAAUAGAAUGAAUAGAAAGGAUGUCUCCAUUUAAUUCAAUGAUGGCAUAAUGGUUGGACUAGACAUUUUAAAGUGUAGCCAUGCCAGGAAGUAGAAGCAGGAAUCUUACCCUUCAAUGUGUGCUGUGAUUUAUUGAGUCAAUUCAACUGACAUUACGAAAAAUACAUUGCAUUGCAUGAGCUACAUCAAACUGUUUAGUGUUUAUGUUUGUUAUUGCAAGUCCGUUUAAACAAAUGUAUUUGGUGUAUACUGCUUAUAGUGAAACUACUUACUUCAACAUAGAUAUUAUUUAUUUCUCUAAACAUGAUUUAUUAAACAUGGCGGCUGAAAUGAUAAGUGUCGGUGCAAGUUGGAGCACAAUGAGAAGUGUAGCGUAUUAGUCCUGUGAUGCAGCGUAUUCAGUGCAUAUAAACUGAUAUUUGGAGUAGCCGUCACACACAUUCAGUACAUCAUUAAGGCCAAGGCUGCGGGAAAUACGCGUGGUGUCGUGAUGCAAAUGAUUGAAGUUGUCUGAAUUCUGUGUCAAUGUGUGCGCUCGAGUCCCAGCCAGUGUUUCCUGUGACGCAGUUAUUCUUCUGGACCAGACUACGCUAGUGCAAAUGUACAGAGACAGGAGAAAAUACCCCAACGCGUUGCUUCAAUGAUGCUAAAGAUUUUUUUGCUCAGCAUGCCAGAACAAUCCAUAAGGAAUAUAGCGGCCAGGUGGUUUCUUCAUUAUGUAACACAGUUAUAUGUGCUCUGAGAGGAUUAGGAUACGAGUCGGCAGAUAUAGUGGAAAGUAGGCUAAAACGGAUUCUGUUCAAAAUGAUCACAGAACAGAAAAUACAUCGAUUUAGGGGACAAUUCACCUACCAAAUCACACUUCAACCCUGUCCAUAAAUAUUGAUGGGUCCCGUUUAAAGGAUGGGAGGUUGGGGAAACCAAAACAUUACCUUUCACCUCGUUCCUGGCUUAUGUCUACUGUAGUAUCAGUAGCCUGCUAUACAACAGUAAAUAACACACUCCCCAUAUAUUUGGUUUGGACAUUGAUGGUGAAAUAUACAUUACUUGUAGGCCUAUAGGCAGCGGUUACACAAUGUUGUGAUCUGCAAUGCCCUGGUAAAGAGAGUGCUCUCUUUCUCCUUUCCUCAUCUCCUUUCACUCUUCCUCUGUCUCCCUCUCUGGCUGUAAACAGAAGGGCUGGGUGCAGUCAGUGCACUGGGUCCCCCAGAAAAAAACAAGUUGUUUAUCACUUGUCAGGUAUUGGGUUUCAUGUUAGGAAUGCUGUGUAGAAAGGCUGCUGGGAGAUGUGAAUUUUCACUUUUUUCCUAACCUACUGGGGGGAUUGCAGAUCACGUUGUUGUUUUACGGUGAGGAACUUUACAAAACAGACUAACACACACACUGCACCUGCUCUCAAGAGGAUUAAAAACCUAUGCACUGAUUGGCCAAACAUACUCAAUCAAGGGUGUGUGUUAAGAAGUAUAAUGUCAGUGUAUUUACUUAUGUUUGUGAAAUAAGGAAUUUCACGUGUGUUUGAACAUGACUGGGGUUGCAGAAUUCUGGGAACUUUCAAUAAAUUCCCUGGUUUUCUCUGAAAUAGUGGUUGGAGUAUUCCCAAAAUCAGGAGGAAUAAGCACGAAAAUCCGGAAUCCUCCUACUAGGAUUUCUGGAAAAUGUUGCAACCCUAAGCAUGUCUGCUGACUGAGUUGUUUUGUAGAUAUUGCAGUCAUUUCCACGAAGUUGAGCAGAAAGAAAGACCUGGCCCUAAGCUACGGAAGGAGAGGAGAUGGGGGAGGAGGAAUGGAGACAGAGGAGUGACAUGUAUUAGUUUGUUUUUCAAAAUCAGGACAAAACAGACCACAGUGGGAGGGAGGGGGGUAAGAACAGAGGAGGAGGGGAGACAACAAAGCAAGAGAGAAGGAGCAGAGUGGAUCCGGUACGAGUUGGCUGUGGCCGGUUAUUGCUUGGUUAUUUAUGGCAUUCCUGAAAAACAAAUGAUCAGCCGGAGAGAAAGAACAAAGUGUUUACCAAGAAAUUACAGGCUUUUCCACAUUCUUCCCUCAGCACCACAACGUGACUCGUAGUCAGCAUUCCACAUGCUCACAUUCAUUUGUGAUUGGCUGGAUUUGGAAUGCAAAUCAUUUGAGGCUGAAUUGGCCUUUAUAUUUUGUGUGUGUGACAGCUGCUGUGUGUAUCUAUUUGAAGGUUACUCUGGCCUUGUGUUUGUAGGUUACUCUGGCCUUGUGUUUGUAGUUUACUCUGGCCUUGUGUUUGUAGGUUACUCUGGCCUUGUGUUUGUAGGUUACUCUGGCCUUGUGUUUGUAGUGUACUCUGGCCUUGUGUUUGUAGUUUACUCUGGCCUUGUGUUUGUAGGUUACUCUGGCCUUGUGUUUGUAGUUUACUCUGGCCUUGUAUUUGUAGUUUACUCUGGCCUUGUGUUUGUAGUUUACUCUGGCCUUGUGUUUGUAGUUUACUCUGGCCUUGUGUUUGUAGGUUACUCUGGCCUUGUGUUUGUAGGUUACUCUGGCCUUGUGUUUGUAGGUUACUUUGGCCUUGUGUUUGUAGUUUACUCUGGCCUUGUGUUUGUAGGUUACUCUGGCCUUGUGUUUGUAGUUUACUCUGGCCUUGUGUUUGUAGAUUACUCUGGCCUUGUGUUUGUAGUUUACUUUAGCCUUGUGUUUGUAGUUUACUCUGGCCUUGUGUUUGUAGUUUACUCUGGCCUUGUGUUUGUAGUUUACUCUGGCCUUGUGUUUGUAGUUUACUCUGGCCUUGUGUUUGUAGUUUACUCUGGCCUUGUGUUUGUAGUUUACUCUGGCCUUGUGUUUGUAGUUUACUCUGGCCUUGUGUUUGUAGAUUACUCUGGCCUUGUGUUUGUAGUUUACUUUAGCCUUGUGUUUGUAGUUUACUCUGGCCUUGUGUUUGUAGGUUACUCUGGCCUUGUGUUUGUAGGUUACUCUGGCCUUGUGUUUGUAGGUUACUUUGGCCUUGUGUUUGUAGUUUACUCUGGCCUUGUGUUUGUAGGUUACUCUGGCCUUGUGUUUGUAGUUUACUCUGGCCUUGUGUUUGUAGAUUACUCUGGCCUUGUGUUUGUAGUUUACUUUAGCCUUGUGUUUGUAGUUUACUCUGGCCUUGUGUUUGUAGUUUACUCUGGCCUUGUGUUUGUAGUUUACUCUGGCCUUGUGUUUGUAGUUUACUCUGGCCUUGUGUUUGUAGUUUACUCUGGCCUUGUGUUUGUAGUUUACUCUGGCCUUGUGUUUGUAGUUUACUCUGGCCUUGUGUUUGUAGUUUACUCUGGCCUUGUGUUUGUAGAUUACUCUGGCCUUGUGUUUGUAGGUUACUCUGGCCUUGUGUUUGUAGGUUACUCUGUCCUUGUGUUUGUAGGUUACUCUGGCCUUGUGUUUGGAGUUUACUUUGGCCUUGUGUUUGUAGUUUACUCUGGCCUUGUGUUUGUAGUUUACUCUGGCCUUGUGUUUGUAGUUUACUCUGUCCUUGUGUUUGUAGGUUACUCUGUCCUUGUGUUUGUAGGUUACUCUGUCCUUGUGUUUGUAGGUUACUCUGGCCUUGUGUUUGUAGGUUACUCUGGCCUUGUGUUUGGAGUUUACUCUGGCCUUGUGUUUGUAGGUUAUUCUGGCUUUGUGUUUGUAGUUUACUCUGGCCUUGUGUUUGUAGAUUACUCUGGCCUUGUGUUUGUAGGUUACUCUGGCCUUGUGUUUGUAGGUUACUCUGGCCUUGUGAUUGUAGGUUAUUCUGGCCUUGUGUUUGUAGGUUACUCUGGCCUUGUGUUUGUAGUUUACUCUGGCCUUGGGUUUGGAGUUUACUUUGGCCUUGUGUUUGUAGAUUACUCUGGCCUUGUGUUUGUAGUUUACUCUGGCCUUGUGUUUGUACUUUACUCUGGCCUUGUGUUUGUACUUUACUCUGGCCUUGUGUUUGUAGUUUACUCUGGCUUUGUUUUUGUAGAUUACUCUGGCCUUGUGUUUGUAGGUUACUCUGGCCUUGUGUUUGUAGGUUACUCUGGCCUUGUGUUUGUAGAUUACUCUGGCCUUGUGUUUGUAGGUUACUCUGGCCUUGUGUUUGUAGGUUACUCUGGCCUUGUGUUUGUAGUUUACUCUGGCCUUGUGUUUGUAGUUUACUCUGGCCUUGUGUUUGUAGGUUACUUUGGCCUUGUGUUUGUAGGUUACUCUGGCCUUGUGUUUGUAGUUUACUCUGGCCUUGUAUUUGUAGUUUACUCUGGCCUUGUGUUUGUAGUUUACUCUGGCCUUGUGUUUGUAGUUUACUCUGGCCUUGUGUUUGUAGGUUACUCUGGCCUUGUGUUUGUAGGUUACUCUGGCCUUGUGUUUGUAGGUUACUUUGGCCUUGUGUUUGUAGGUUACUCUGGCCUUGUGUUUGUAGUUUACUCUGGCCUUGUAUUUGUAGUUUACUCUGGCCUUGUGUUUGUAGUUUACUCUGGCCUUGUGUUUGUAGUUUACUCUGGCCUUGUGUUUGUAGGUUACUCUGGCCUUGUGUUUGUAGGUUACUCUGGCCUUGUGUUUGUAGGUUACUUUGGCCUUGUGUUUGUAGUUUACUCUGGCCUUGUGUUUGUAGGUUACUCUGGCCUUGUGUUUGUAGUUUACUCUGGCCUUGUGUUUGUAGAUUACUCUGGCCUUGUGUUUGUAGUUUACUUUAGCCUUGUGUUUGUAGUUUACUCUGGCCUUGUGUUUGUAGUUUACUCUGGCCUUGUGUUUGUAGUUUACUCUGGCCUUGUGUUUGUAGUUUACUCUGGCCUUGUGUUUGUAGUUUACUCUGGCCUUGUGUUUGUAGGUUACUCUGGCCUUGUGUUUGUAGUUUACUCUGGCCUUGUGUUUGUAGAUUACUCUGGCCUUGUGUUUGUAGUUUACUUUAGCCUUGUGUUUGUAGUUUACUCUGGCCUUGUGUUUGUAGGUUACUCUGGCCUUGUGUUUGUAGGUUACUCUGGCCUUGUGUUUGUAGAUUACUCUGGCCUUGUGUUUGUAGGUUACUCUGGCCUUGUGUUUGUAGGUUACUCUGGCCUUGUGAUUGUAGGUUAUUCUGGCCUUGUGUUUGUAGGUUACUCUGGCCUUGUGUUUGUAGUUUACUCUGGCCUUGGGUUUGGAGUUUACUUUGGCCUUGUGUUUGUAGAUUACUCUGGCCUUGUGUUUGUAGUUUACUCUGGCCUUGUGUUUGUACUUUACUCUGGCCUUGUGUUUGUACUUUACUCUGGCCUUGUGUUUGUAGUUUACUCUGGCUUUGUUUUUGUAGAUUACUCUGGCCUUGUGUUUGUAGGUUACUCUGGCCUUGUGUUUGUAGGUUACUCUGGCCUUGUGUUUGUAGAUUACUCUGGCCUUGUGUUUGUAGGUUACUCUGGCCUUGUGUUUGUAGGUUACUCUGGCCUUGUGUUUGUAGUUUACUCUGGCCUUGUGUUUGUAGUUUACUCUGGCCUUGUGUUUGUAGGUUACUUUGGCCUUGUGUUUGUAGGUUACUCUGGCCUUGUGUUUGUAGUUUACUCUGGCCUUGUGUUUGUAGUUUACUCUGGCCUUGUGUUUGUAGUUUACUCUGGCCUUGUGUUUGUAGUUUACUCUGGCCUUGUGUUUGUAGGUUACUCUGGCCUUGUGUUUGUAGGUUACUCUGGCCUUGUGUUUGUAGGUUACUUUGGCCUUGUGUUUGUAGGUUACUCUGGCCUUGUGUUUGUAGUUUACUCUGGCCUUGUAUUUGUAGUUUACUCUGGCCUUGUGUUUGUAGUUUACUCUGGCCUUGUGUUUGUAGUUUACUCUGGCCUUGUGUUUGUAGGUUACUCUGGCCUUGUGUUUGUAGGUUACUCUGGCCUUGUGUUUGUAGGUUACUUUGGCCUUGUGUUUGUAGUUUACUCUGGCCUUGUGUUUGUAGGUUACUCUGGCCUUGUGUUUGUAGUUUACUCUGGCCUUGUGUUUGUAGAUUACUCUGGCCUUGUGUUUGUAGUUUACUUUAGCCUUGUGUUUGUAGUUUACUCUGGCCUUGUGUUUGUAGUUUACUCUGGCCUUGUGUUUGUAGUUUACUCUGGCCUUGUGUUUGUAGUUUACUCUGGCCUUGUGUUUGUAGUUUACUCUGGCCUUGUGUUUGUAGGUUACUCUGGCCUUGUGUUUGUAGUUUACUCUGGCCUUGUGUUUGUAGAUUACUCUGGCCUUGUGUUUGUAGUUUACUUUAGCCUUGUGUUUGUAGUUUACUCUGGCCUUGUGUUUGUAGGUUACUCUGGCCUUGUGUUUGUAGGUUACUCUGGCCUUGUGUUUGUAGGUUACUCUGUCCUUGUGUUUGUAGGUUACUCUGGCCUUGUGUUUGGAGUUUACUUUGGCCUUGUGUUUGUAGUUUACUCUGGCCUUGUGUUUGUAGUUUACUCUGGCCUUGUGUUUGUAGUUUACUCUGGCCUUGUGUUUGUAGGUUACUCUGGCCUUGUGUUUGUAGGUUACUCCUGCCUUGUGUUUGUAGGUUACUCUGGCCUUGUGUUUGGAGUUUACUCUGGCCUUGUGUUUGUAGGUUAUUCUGGCUUUGUGUUUGUAGUUUACUCUGGCCUUGUGUUUGUAGGUUACUCUGGCCUUGUGUUUGUAGGUUACUCUGGCCUUGUGUUUGUAGGUUACUCUGGCCUUGUGUUUGUAGGUUAUUCUGGCCUUGUGUUUGUAGGUUACUCUGGCCUUGUGUUUGUAGGUUACUCUGUCCUUGUGUUUGUAGGUUACUCUGGCCUUGUGUUUGUAGGUUACUCUGGCCUUGUGUUUGGAGUUUACUCUGGCCUUGUGUUUGUAGGUUAUUCUGGCUUUGUGUUUGUAGUUUACUCUGGCCUUGUGUUUGUAGAUUACUCUGGCCUUGUGUUUGUAGGUUACUCUGGCCUUGUGUUUGUAGGUUACUCUGGCCUUGUGAUUGUAGGUUAUUCUGGCCUUGUGUUUGUAGGUUACUCUGGCCUUGUGUUUGUAGUUUACUCUGGCCUUGGGUUUGGAGUUUACUUUGGCCUUGUGUUUGUAGAUUACUCUGGCCUUGUGUUUGUAGUUUACUCUGGCCUUGUGUUUGUACUUUACUCUGGCCUUGUGUUUGUACUUUACUCUGGCCUUGUGUUUGUAGUUUACUCUGGCCUUGUGUUUGUAGAUUACUCUGGCCUUGUGUUUGUAGGUUACUCUGGCCUUGUGUUUGUAGGUUACUCUGGCCUUGUGUUUGUAGAUUACUCUGGCCUUGUGUUUGUAGGUUACUCUGGCCUUGUGUUUGUAGGUUACUCUGGCCUUGUGUUUGUAGGUUACUCUGGCCUUGUGUUUGUAGUUUACUCUGGCCUUGUGUUUGUAGGUUACUUUGGCCUUGUGUUUGUAGGUUACUCUGGCCUUGUGUUUGUAAGUUACUCUGGCCUUGUGUUUGUAGGUUAUUCUGGCCUUGUGUUUGUAGGUUACUCUGGCCUUGUGUUUGUAGUUUACUCUGGCCUUGUGUUUGUAGAUUACUCUGGCCUUGUGUUUGUAGGUUACUCUGGCCUUGUGUUUGUAGGUUACUCUGGCCUUGUGUUUGUAGUUUACUCUGGCCUUGUGUUUGUAGAUUACUCUGGCCUUGUGUUUGUAGGUUACUCUGGCCUUGUGUUUGUAGGUUACUCUGGCCUUGUGUUUGUAGUUUACUUUGGCCUUGUGUUUGUAGUUUACUCUGGCCUUGUGUUUGUAGUUUACUCUGGCCUUGUGCUUGUAGUUUACUCUGGCCUUGUGUUUGUAGGUUACUCUGGCCUUGUGUUUGUAGGUUACUCUGGCCUUGUGUUUGUAGGUUACUCUGGCCUUGUGUUUGGAGUCUACUUUGGCCUUGUGUUUGUAGGUUACUCUGGCCUUGUGUUUGUAGGUUACUCUGGCCUUGUGUUUGGAGUUUACUCUGGCCUUGUGUUUGUAGAUUACUCUGGCCUUGUGUUUGUAGGUUACUCUGGCCUUGUGUUUGGAGUCUACUUUGGCCUUGUGUUUGUAGUUUACUCUGGCCUUGUGUUUGUAGUUUACUCUGGCCUUGUGUUUGUAGGUUACUCUGGCCUUGUGUUUGGAGUUUACUCUGGCCUUGUGUUUGUAGAUUACUCUGGCCUUGUGUUUGUAGGUUACUCUGGCCUUGUGUUUGUAGUUUACUCUGGCCUUGUGUUUGUAGUUUACUCUGGCCUUGUGUUUGUAGAUUACUCUGGCCUUGUGUUUGUAGGUUACUCUGGCCUUGUGUUUGUAGUUUACUCUGGCCUUGUGUUUGUAGUUUACUCUGGCCUUGUGUUUGUAGUUUACUCUGGCCUUGUGUUUGUAGGUUACUCUGGCCUUGUGUUUGUAGAUUACUCUGGCCUUGUGUUUGUAGGUUACUCUGGCCUUGUGUUUGUAGUUUACUCUGGCCUUGUGUUUGUAGGUUACUCUGGCCUUGUGUUUGUAGUUUACUCUGGCCUUGUGUUUGUAGGUUACUCUGGCCUUGUGCUUGUAGGUUACUCGGGUGUUUUUGUGAAUUUGAUUUCAGUGUUUGAGACUUAUUAGUUUAUUUGUUCAUUGACUCAUUGAGCUGAUGGCCGGUCCAAAGCUAGUGUUUUUUGGCAUUGUUGUUGUUUUGGUUUUGGGGGUAGGCAUGCACAUUCACUGAGUGGGUUGGGGGCUGUUUAAAUUUCAAAGCAUACCCCCAUAUGGCCCACCCCUGCACCUCACUCUGCCGCCCCGGGUCAGAAACGUAACCUUUGAACUGGCCCUGGGUGUGUGAGGGCCCUUGGGAUUAGCAGUGAGGAAGGGAACGCUACAAGCAAACACCAGCUAUCUGCAAACAGAAUAAGAAACAUGUAUUCACCUCUCCUACGCUCUCUAGUCCAUCUCUGUGUCUGAAACUCUCUGUGUUUUUCUCUGAAGCUCUUAUCAUUCCUCUCUCUCAUUUCUUCAUGUUUUCCUCUUUUUUAUGAGAGCUCUCUCUCUUUUUGGCUGUCAGGUGUUUGAUAGAGACACUCAUUCUCUCCCUGUUUUUAUUUGGGAGCUCUGACCUCGUCCCCCCUUUUGUUUCCCUCUCUACCUCAGUGUGUGUGUAGCAGAUGGUGGGGGCCGGGGUCUUGCACCUGCCCCUCCCAGCAGUGCUCACUGGUUAUCUGGCCCUUCAGAGGCAAUGACUGAGCACCAUCUGCGUGAGAGAGAGAGGCUGAAAACAAAUCCAAUUUUGAUAAACUCCCAUAUCUAUGGGUGAAAUACCACAGUGAGCAAUCACAGCAGCAGGAGUUGUGUCCUGUUUUCACAAGAAAAGGGCCACCAGUGAAGAACAAACUCCAUUGUAAAUACAACCUACAUUUAUGUUGAUUUAUGUUCCCUUUUGUACUUUAACUGUUUGCACGUCAUUACAACACUGUAUAUAGAGAUAAUAUGACAUUUGAAAUGUCUUUAUUAUUUUGUAACUUUUGUGAGUGUAAUGUUUAUUGUUCAUUUUUUAUUGUUUAUUUCCCUUUGUUUAUUAUCUAUUUCACUUGCUUUGGCAAUCUUAACAUGUGUUUCCCAUGCCAAUAAUGCCCUUUGAAUUGAAAUUGAAUUGAGACCAAAUAUCACUCUAACCCUCACUCUAUCUCUCUCUCUUUUCUCUCACUCACUUUUUUCCCUUUCUCUCUCUCUCUGUCCCUCCCUCUCUCUCUUUAUUUCUCUCACUUUUUUGGCAUUAGUUUCUGUUUACUGGAAGUCAUGUGAUUGAGUCUCCUAGUCAGUUGGUCUCUGCCCUUUCUCUCUCCGCCCAGAGAGCCCUCUGUCUGUAGCUCCUAGUUCCAGCUGAGGGCCUCUGGUUGGCUUUAAUAAAAUGCCAUAGAGGUUUGUUUAACAACUAAUUAAACAAUUUGUAAAUUAGAUAGCUAAAUAUCCACAUUACAGGAAUUCCUUGAAUUGCCUCCUGUUUUAUGGACUUCUUUGAAAAUAAUAAUUGCUUUCGAGAAUUUGAACUGAAUUAGUUACCUAAAUAAACUUCACUGAGGUGGUGUGACUUUAGAGGAUAGCAUAGCUGUGCUGAAAAAGGCUGAUUGACUUGUCAGCUGCUGUGUGUGGUUAAUUAUAGAUCAAUCCAAUAAUAAUACCUAGACGUAGUGGCAUAUUUCUAAUAGCGUUUGUCUUCACCUGUCCUCACUACCCUGCCCUCGCUCUGUCUUUCACCCCUCUCUCACUUCACCUCCCUUCCUCCCCUUCUCUGUCUGAUACCCAUAAACUAGGACGGGAUGUUCCAUGGUUAGAUAAACUCUGUUAAAGUUCCCUACAUUUAGCAGGGAGUUAAGGAGUAUUACAUUCUGUUCAGAAUUAGACAUUGUUGAGUAUUUUGUUUCGAGUUAGAUUUAGUGUAAGGGAGAGCACACACACACACACAGGUUUCCCAAACACUGAGUUGCAGUUAGGAUCACUUAAGCCUCAUGGAGCUCAUGUUCUCCUGACUUCCCAGGAACAGGCUUCACUCCCUCCUCACCCAUUCCUUCUUAUCGCUCUCCAUUUUUCUUUGGUUCACUUUAUUUCCUUCCUUCUUCCUCUCUCAAAUUCAAAUAGAAAUGUUCACAUGUGGUUUGUUAACACAACCCUGUGCCCCAGCAAAAAAUACUGUUGUCUGAGUUAUGCUACUGCUAGGAGAACCACAGACCUGUUGUCUGAGUUAUGCUACUGCUAGGAGAACCAGAGACCUGUUGUCUGAGUUAUGCUACUGCUAGUAGAACCACAGACCUGUUGUCUGAGAUAUGCUACUGCUAGGAGAACCACAGACCUGUUGUCUGAGUUAUGCUACUGCUAGGAGAACCACAGAGCUGUUGUCUGAGAUAUGCUACUGCUAGUAGAACCACAGAGCUGUUGUCUGAGAUAUGCUACUGCUAGGAGAACUACAGACCUGUUGUCUGAGAUAUGCUACUGCUAGGAGAACCACAGAGCUGUUGUCUGAGAUAUGCUACUGCUAGUAGAACCACAGAGCUGUUGUCUGAGAUAUGCUACUGCUAGUAGAACCACAGAGCUGUUGUCUGAGAUAUGCUACUGCUAGUAGAACCACAGAGCUGUUGUCUGAGAUAUGCUACUGCUAGUAGAACCACAGAGCUGUUGUCUGAGAUAUGCUACUGCUAGUAGAACCACAGAGCUGUUGUCUGAGAUAUGCUACUGCUAGUAGAACCACAGAGCUGUUGUCUGAGAUAUGCUACUGCUAGUAGAACCACAGACCUGUUGUCUGAGAUAUGCUACUGCUAGGAGAACCACAGACCUGUUGUCUGAGAUAUGCUACUGCUAGGAGAACCAGAGACCUGUUGUCUGAGUUAUGCUACUGCUAGGAGAACUACAGACCUGUUGUCUGAGUUAUGCUACUGCUAGGAGAACCAGAGACCUGUUGUCUGAGUUAUGCUACUGCUAGGAGAACCAGAGACCUGUUGUCUGAGUUAUGCUACUGCUAGGAGAACCACAGACCUGUUGUCUGAGUUAUGCUACUGCUAGGAGAACCACAGACCUGUUGUCUGAGUUAUGCUACUGCUAGUAGAACCACAGACCUGUUGUCUGAGAUAUGCUACUGCUAGUAGAACCAGAGACCUGUUGUCUGAGUUAUGCUACUGCUAGGAGAACCACAGACCUGUUGUCUGAGUUAUGCUACUGCUAGGAGAACCACAGACCUGUUGUCUGAGUUAUGCUACUGCUAGGAGAACCACAGGCCUGUUGUCUGAGUUAUGCUACUGCUAGUAGAACCACAGACCUGUUGUCUGAGUUAUGCUACUGCUAGGAGAACCACAGGCCUGUUGUCUGAGUUAUGCUACUGCUAGGAGAACCACAGAGCUGUUGUCUGAGUUAUGCUACUGCUAGGAGAACCACAGACCUGUUGUCUGAGAUAUGCUACUGCUAGGAGAACCACAGAGCUGUUGUCUGAGUUAUGCUACUGCUAGGAGAACUACAGACCUGUUGUCUGAGUUAUGAACUUCAUACUUUGUACUUUAAACUACAGUAGCAUGUCUUCUCUUUUGUAUAUGCCUGUGGAGUGUGUGAGAGUGAUGUAGAGUGUUCCUGGCUUGAGAGCAGCAGGUCUAUGUAUAGCCAGUGAGAAAUAAAUAAAUAAUGUGGAGAGCAGUGUGGUAGGGGGGAGGGGCACCUUCCAGGAAGGGGUAGAGGGGUGUGUGGUGGCGUGCCUGUAAGGGGGAUGGGUAGGCGGUAACGGGUUUGUUUAUCCGUCCCUCUACCUCCUCACUCUCUCCCCCUGUGAUCAGCGUGUGUGAAAUGAGCUGUAUUAGGGGAGGUAGUCUCUCUCAGCUGACACACACUGCACUGAGAAGGGCUGGUUGAGUCUCCACUGAUAAAAGGGGAUUGUGAUGGCUUGGCAGGACUGUGUGAUUGGUAACCAGGGGUGUGUGUUUAGAAACCUCGGCUGUGUGUGUGAGAUGAUUAAGCUCUGAUUCUCGGCAACUCUCCCUCAUCCCCACUCCCUCACACCCCUGUGUCUGCAACCAACUGGUCUGGACUGGCCCUGCUGGGCCACACACGCACGCACACGCACACACGCACGCACACACGCACACACACACACACACACACACACACACACACACACACACACACACACACACACACACACACACACACACACAC